AUGCUCUGUUUUGUCGCAGACGACGAAUUUGUUUGUACUGUAGGCCUGCUGGUCGUUACUCGCCUAAACGAGUCUCUGCGCCUGCUGAUGAAAACAGUUGGCAAUGUUGCGCAGACAACACUUAUCAUCAAUAUUGACGACGUCAAUGAUAAUGCGCCGUACUUGAACAUCACACGCGACCUAGUAGCAUGGGAAAACGUGAAUCCGCCGCAGUUCCUCGGCAUUGUAUGCGCAUAUGACCCGGACGGACCGGACAACGGACCUCCAUUCAUCAUGUAUCAGAGCUCUGAAUCUCCUUACAAACGAAUGAUCAAGAUCGACUACAUAAGAGGCGUGAAGCCGGAAUACGUGAUUGGUCGCAUUUUCGUCGAAGAUCUCGAUGAUUGGGACGCGUCAGACAAAACUUACGAAUGGAUCGGCAGUCCUAGUGACUAUUUCUCUCUCGAGAAAGACGGCUUAAUUCGUAUGAGCGCAUCGACUCCUGCGGGAAGCUACGUCGUGAAGGCGAACGUUAAAGAUACGGUAAAUAAUCAACAUGCGGUUGGAAGCGUCGACAUCACUGUAGAACUUCUGCCCGACGAAGCUAUAAGGAAUGCGGCUUCGUUUGUGCUAAGAGGUAUGUUGUUGGUAGCGAUCGCCUGCAGAUCCAGUCAGUUUUUGCUUUAUGUUUUCGGUUGUUUUAUUAUAUGUCAUAUUUCGUUCUGACA